AUGUUCAAAAAGCAAUACUCCACCAACCGACACGAGGAGGUUACUACGGCCGAGUUAGUCAAUCUCAGACAGGGGAAAGCCGAAACUCUUAGAGCUUUCAUGCAUCGAUACAAUCAUGCCGCUCGGAGGAUAAACGGCGCCAGCCCGGAGUUCAUCAUUAGCAGUCUACCAAAUUGCCUAAAAGCGGGUUUUGUCUCAGAAAGCCUAUAUGCCAAGUUGCCCAAAACACUAGAAGAAUUGCAACAAAAAAUGGCCAAAUUUAUCAAGAUGGAAGACCAGCAGAUCUUUUGGAAACAACAGCAUGAAGAACACCCGGUGAACGGAAACAAGAAAGAGGGGAAGCGACGGGUAGAGAGCGCCCGGGAUCAGAAACCCCCAGCGAGUCUAAACCCUAGGUACGAUCGCUAUGCGUACCUCACUGUCCCUAGAGAAAAGGUGCUGGAGAGGGCUUUGCAGACCAACCUAAUCUUUCAAAGAAGAAAAUUUCCACCUAAGAAUGUGGACCCGGCGCAGAUUUGCCGAUUCCAUAAUUCAGGAGGCCAUACCACUGAAAGCUAUCAAACUCUCAAAGAUGAACUGGAAAAGCUAAUCUGCGCCGGACACCUCCGAGAAUUCGUAAAAGAGGAAGCCACCCGCACCGGACACUCCCCCAGAAAGUCGCGGAGAAGCCCAGAGCAUGCGAAGCAGAAGGGUAACCACUCACGCGACCGUUCCCGUAGUCCCCCAAGACAUAGGUCUCAUAGCUGA